UUUCUCAAAAGCCACCUUCACUGUCUAGCCUCCAAAAUCUCUAUAAAAUUGGAAGGAAAGAAGAAAAGGGGGUAAAAAAAGGAAUAAAAGUCGAGAAUUCCAAAAUAAAUAGAUAAACUGAGAUGAGACUAAUCGCUACAUCUCCUCGUUGCUCUCUCUUUCUCUGUUCGUCCUCUCAAUCCAACCAUGCUUCCCAAGUGUUUGCUCAAAUUCCCCUUCGAACCUCGCCCCAGUUCAAACCUAGGUUCUAACCAUCAAGCAGUGCAUGAUUUUAUUAGGAUCCACCAACUGAACCCAAGAUCCACCAGCAGACAUUAUCUUCAUACAACUUCUCACUCUUACAUCACCCGUUCUAAAUUCCUACGAUCAAGAAAAUCUUUCGAAGGCUACAUCCCUGGCACAUGCACUGCUCUCUCCUUUCCAGUCUCAAGUCAGCUCACCUCAUCGGAUGCACCGCAGCGUUCAGAAGAGUGGUUUUCUCUUCGUAAAGAUAAACUAACCACUAGCACUUUUAGUACCGCCUUAGGCUUUUGGAAAGGCAACAGACGGUCAGAACUCUGGUACGAAAAAGUUUUUUCUCCAGCAGUUGAUACAUUUGAUUCUGCUGCAAGAGCUGCUAUGGAUUGGGGUGUGAGCCAAGAGGCCAAUGCUAUAGACCAAUACAAAAUCAUCACGGGCCAUGAUGUUAGCCUUUUGGGAUUUGCGGUACACGCUGAGGCCCAGUUUGGAUGGUUAGGAGCCUCGCCCGAUGGGCUUUUGGAUUGUUAUCCAGAUUGUGGGAUUUUAGAAGUGAAGUGUCCUUAUAAUAAAGGGAAGCCGGAGCUUGCACUUCCAUGGCAAUCAGUGCCUUAUUAUUAUAUGCCACAGUUGCAAGGUCAAAUGGAGAUUAUGGAUCGAGAUUGGGUUGAUUUGUAUUGUUGGACUCCAAAUGGGAGCGCAAUUUUUAGAGUGGUUCGGGAUAAGGAAUAUUGGGAACUGAUGCAUGGAGUUCUUAGUGAAUUUUGGUGGGGGAAUGUGAUGCCAGCGAGAGAGGCGAUGUUACUGGGGAAAGAAGUUGAGGCUAGAGCUUAUGAGCCAAAGCCAAAGCAUGGAUUGACUGGCUUUGUGAUUGGAAGGAGUAGGAAAUUGGCAUGUGAGGCAAAUAUGUUGUGUAGAGAUAUCGGUGGUCAUGUGGAAUUCUUUUGAUGAUUUAAUUUUUUGUCUUGAGUUUUGAUGUUCGGGCUAUGAGAACGUGGUUGGACGUAGUUAAAAAAGAUAUUAUAACGGUUAAUUUAGUGGAGAAUGAUAGCUCUCAACAGAACUGAAUCGAAGAAUGAUAUUCGUCUAACCGACCCCAAAAUUUUGGGAUAAAGGCUUUGUUGUUGUUUUUGUAUUGAGGAUUACUGUUCUCUUGUUGAAUAUUGGAGACAUUUUCUCCAUUGUAUCUGUUUACUACCUUAUGCCCAUUAUCCCAUAUUUAUUGAUUGUCAUUUUGGUGGUUGAUGUUUC